UCUCAUCCUAAUACACUAUCGUCUGUUGCUGAGCUUCCGCAGUGUUGUUGAUCCAGUUUGUUAAGUCACGCUGAAUUUUCCCUUGGAUUGUGCGCAAAGUGGGGGACCUCCUAGUCUUUUCCAUGUCUCUUCCCGGGACCCCCUCUCACGGUUCAGGACGCUGGGAUACACAAGAUGAAUUGAACACGUUGGCAACGAUCUCACGAGGUCUCCGUCUUGAUGAGAUUACAAAUAAAGAGCCUGAUGAAGGUCCCAACGUCAGAGGCCACCGUGUAGAGGCUGGACCUCAGUAUGAAGCACUUCCAAGCCGAUACCCCCAGAUGCCAUACGAUUCCUUUACAUCCAGCCCUUCGGAGAGGAGCCCCUUUCUCCCACAAUCUGGAUAUGUCGCGCAUCAAAAUAAACCGAUAGCACAGUCUGGCUCCUUCUCCCCUUCUGUACAGGACUCUUUCGAAGUCGGUCGACUUGGCGCCCAAGACGAUCCAUUGCAAUCCGGAAGAACUCAGCGCAGAUACAAAGCGCAUGUUCCAUCAGCCUGUCUGAAUUGCAAGCGUGCUCAUCUGAAAUGCGAGUCGACAAGGCCAUGUCCACGCUGCUGCGCCAUGGGAAAGCAGGAUAGCUGCGUCGACGUCCAACAUAAAAAAAGAGGGAGGCCUCGUCUGCGAGACGAACGAGAUAGAAGUUCAGAAGGCGGCUCACAAAACGUGCCACAACAAUCGACUGGACCUCCUCUGCUACCGCAGGAGCAGUUUGCGACGAACUCUCCUUCAUUUCAAAGGCUACAAUCUGAAUUUGACGCAAAACGCACACAGAGCGUUCCCUUUCAAGAACGAAAGGGCUUCGGCUCCCCUCAGUCCCAGGCGGUAGCUCCUCCUGAACUUCGGUCUGCCGUCAUCGCCACUGCCCUUUUGUCGUUGGAUCUUGUCAUUGCAAGCUACGAUCAAGCUUUUCAAGAAGCCAUUGCACCGGGAGCGGACAUGAGAGGACUGAGCUUGAUGGACUUGGUGGCAGAGCAUGACCGACCCAGUUUGCAAAACUUGAGAAGAGAGCUUAGAGACGAACGUGAUACCCGAGAGCCCGCAUACUUAGCUCCAAUUUACGGCUCCACUGAAUUGGCCACGAUUGGGUCGAUUCCACUUCAGGAAGCCCUGUCCUCGACGGCUGCGUAUCAGGAGCGGAUUGAUACCUUCAAUUUUAAUUUUUCUGGUUCGACGCCACGACGGCUUCAGGCUCGAAUCUGCCUAGCUAAGACGAUACCAUUCUUUGCCGUUGUCUCGCUUUACCUACCCCCUGAUCCCAGACUGGCUCCUCCGUCGCCUUUCAGCACUCCCAGCCAAUAUCAAAUGUCUCCUCGGGAUGUGGCCUUGCCAGAUGAUAGCCCUGGUCUUCGGCGACUCUCCAGCGCAUCAUCCGUGUCGACUUCCCAGUAUUACACACAUUCAAACACAAGUCCGGCGCUCACUCAGCUGAAUUCCUACCCGCGGCCGCCUUCAGAUUUCUCUCGUCGCGCCUCAGCUAGCCAGCGGGGUUAUGCAUCCGCUUUACUCUCUGCCAAAAGCCUGCCCAUGUCCGGAAGCCCACCGUUUUUAGAAGGUAGAGGCUCAUAUUCAACAACUACCGAACCAUAUACCUCUCAGGCUCAGGGGCUUGGGAUCCGAGAUGAUAGUGGGACAAGGGGACUUCGACUGCCGCCACUUCGCGCAGUAGGCUCUCUUCUACACACAGACGAUGAAGCGUCAGAGCCAUCUCACGUACCUCGCGUACCUCCUCAAGAAAACUCAGGCGGACAGUCUUCGGAUGCCCCUAGCAGCCCAGUAAGAAGGAAACGGUUGAGGAUCGAAGAGAUGAUCGAAUAAGCAAAUACCUUGGCCAUUACGCUUGACGUAAGGGCAUUAAUUUGCGAUCCGGUCACUGUAUAUUGACUGUCGCCCAACUCAUCA